AUGAGCAAGGUGCUUGGCACCAUGAGAAAGAAGAAGUCUGCCGGUGCCCCGAACACUCCUGAAGUUCCCCAAGGCGAAAGCCCCGAGGUUACGGCCUACCGUUGUGUGAAAUCCUUCUGCGAAUCUGGCUCCAAUAACUCUGGAGACGAAGUCCUUUUCCUGCCUCCUAUCGUCGAUGCUGCCGAGUCAUCUCCGGCCGCAGCGGCAGAAUGCGCGCGCCUAAUUCGAAAAUACCUAAAAAGGGACUACUGGACGAAACCUUCCUAUCAGUACAAUGCCAUAAUGCUCAUUCGCAUCCUUGCCGAUAACCCCGGUCAGACAUUUACUAGAAAUUUGGACUCAAAAUUUACCGACACCUCGAAAGAGCUGCUGAGAUCCGUACGCGAUCCGAGUGUGCGACAGAUGAUGAUGGAGACAUUAGACGUUUUUGAAAACACCAAGGCGUAUGAUGAAGGCUUGGCCCUUAUCAUUAAUAUGUGGAAGAAAGAGAAAGACAGAGCGCAGCAGUUAUAUGGAGGACGGCCUGCUCCGGUGACGCAUGCGAUGACUCCACCUCCAGUCAACCCCCAUUCCCAGAACUAUUUCGCGCGAGCCCAUUCGAACAGCAACCUCCCGAGCCCUGUUGAGCUAGCUAGUAGGCUAGAGGAAGCGCGGACAUCUGCGAAUCUGCUACAUCAAGUGGUUACCAACACCCCGCCAGUCGAAGUUCUCAGUAACGACCUAAUCAAGGAGUUUGCCGACCGCUGCACUAGCGCAAGUAGAAGCAUACAGAUGUACAUGACUGCUGAAAACCCAGCCCCUGAUAAUGACACUAUGGAGAGCCUGAUCGACACAAACGAGCAGCUUCAGGCAUCGCUGAGCUUACAUCAAAGAGCUAUGUUAAACGCUAGGAAACUCGUCGCUAUCAUGGACCCGCAGCCCCAAUCUCAGACUGAGCCUCCGUCUCGGAGUUCCGUGAGCCCCAUAGAGUCGGAACGGAAUGGGGGUAGCUUAGAGCCCCCUACUAUACCAGCUCGAAAACCAAACGGCAAAGGCAAGGAAAGAGAAUACGAACCUGCUAUAGCAGGACCCUCAAGAUCACAUACGCCCGCUACCGAAGACGAAGAUCCGUUUAGGGACCCCGAGCCCUCAGGGUCGAGAUUCCGUGCGGCCGGCGGCUCGGGAUCUGGCGGUGGGGCAUCAUCAAACUAUAUCGAGGAGCCCCGGUUAGCGUUCGAGCCUUUCCACCCCGGUUUCGAGACGACGCCGAGUUACUUGGGUAGGCAAGAGAGCGCUCUCGGUAAGGAAACGAUGCACGGAGCUGCGGGAGACUCCUCGUCUGACGAUCGGCGCUCGCGUGACGACGUUAGCGAUUACGAGGCUCCAUCCUCGAAACAGAAGCAGCCGAUCUACCGGUAUUGA